AAUUUAACCAAAUCAGUGUUUGCAUAUCUCAUUUCAUCACACCAAAUUUGACCAAUUCCAACCUCGCUUGAAACCAUGGCUCUCUGCACAUCUUCCUUCUUCUUCACCUUCUUCUUCACCUUCUUCUUGUUCCUCUUCAAUCUUCAACCUUCUGUUUCCCAACAACAAUUCACAUCCUUCAACAUCUCACACUCUCCAUGGCUCCCAGCACAGAACAAAACCCUUCUCUCUCCAAACAAAAACUUCACUGCAGGCUUCUUUCCCCUGCCAAACUCUUCAAAUGUCUUCACUUUCUCCAUUUGGUACUCCAAAGUGCCUCCAAGUGCAAACCCUUUUGUUUGGAAUGCCACAGUCCAAGUCAACACUUCUGGCUCCCUUGAAAUAACCCCAAAAGGUGAACUUCUCCUCAAUGGUUCACCCUUUCAAAGUGCUGAAAAUGCUACUACUAACUCCACUUCCAAUUCAACCCAACUUCUUCUCCAAAACGAUGGAAACUUGGUCUUUGGGGAAUGGAGCAGCUUCAAGAACCCCACCAGCACCGUUUUACCCAACCAGAACUUCAGCACAGGGUUUGAGCUUCACUCCAACAAUGGGAAAUUCAGGUUCAUCAAGUCACAGAAUCUGGUUCUCAGCUCCACCUCAGAUCAAUACUACAACACCCCAAGUCAAUUGCUGAACAUGGAUGAUAAUGGGAAAAUGAGCAUGCAAGGUAACUCUUUCCUCACUUCAGAUUAUGGUGACCCCAGGUUCAGAAAACUGGUCCUUGAUGAUGAUGGGAAUCUCAGGAUCUAUAGCUUCUACCCUGAACAGAAAAACCAAUGGGUUGAGGUUUGGAAAGGGAUAUGGGAGAUGUGCAGAAUCAAAGGCAAAUGUGGGCCUAAUGCAAUUUGUGUGCCCAAAGAGGAUUUGAGCACUUCCACUUAUUGUGUUUGUCCAUCUGGGUUCACACCAGCAAUCCAAAAUGAUCCGGAAAAGGGUUGCAGAAGGAAAAUCCCUCUUUCCCAAAACACCCAAUUUCUGAGGCUUGAUUAUGUGAACUGCUCAAGUGACGGUCAUUUGAAUGAAAUUAAAGCUGAUAACUUUGCAAUGUGCGAGGCAAAUUGCUCAAGAGAAAAAACCUGUCUUGGGUUUGGAUUCAAGUAUGAUGGAUCUGGCUACUGUAUGUUGGUGAAUGGCACAAAUCUUCAAUAUGGGUUUUGGUCACCAGGCACUGAGGCUGCCUUGUUUGUAAAGGUUGACAAAUCCGAGUCAUCAGUUUCCAACUUCAUUGGCAUGACUGAGGUGAUGCAAACCACAUGUCCUGUGAACAUAAGCCUCCCACUUCCACCAAAGGAUUCAAACGCCACAGCAAGGAACAUUGCCAUAAUCUGCACCCUUUUUGCUGCAGAACUCAUUGCUGGGGUGGCUUUCUUCUGGUCCUUCCUCAAGAGGUACAUCAAGUAUAGGGACAUGGCAACCACAUUAGGCCUUGAGCUUCUCCCUGCUGGGGGACCAAAGAGGUUCACCUACUCAGAAAUCAAAGCUGCCACCAAAGAUUUCUCCAACUUAAUAGGCAAAGGGGGCUUUGGAGAUGUGUACAAGGGUGAGUUACCUGACCAUAGAGUGGUGGCAGUGAAGUGCCUCAAGAAUGUCACAGGUGGAGAUGCUGAGUUUUGGGCAGAAGUCACAAUCAUUGCCAGAAUGCACCACCUCAACUUGGUGAGGCUGUGGGGAUUCUGUGCUGAGAAGGGCCAAAGGAUACUUGUCUAUGAACACAUCCCUGGUGGAUCAUUGGACAAGUACCUCUUCAGGGUCAAUAAGUCUCAUAACAAUAACCAUCUCAAGGAGCAAUCAAGUAGUUUGAAUCCAAACACACCACAACAAGAAAGGCAUGUUUUGGAUUGGAGCAUGAGGUACAGAAUAGCCCUUGGUAUGGCAAGGGCCAUUGCCUACUUACAUGAGGAGUGUUUGGAGUGGGUUUUGCACUGUGACAUCAAGCCAGAGAACAUUCUACUAGGUGAUGACUUUUGUCCCAAGAUAUCAGAUUUUGGGCUUGCCAAGUUGAGGAAAAAAGAGGACAUGGUGACCAUGUCUAGGAGGAGGGGCACACCAGGGUACAUGGCACCAGAAUGGAUCACUGCAGACCCAAUUACCUCAAAGGCUGAUGUGUAUAGUUUUGGCAUGGUGCUUUUGGAGCUUGUGAGUGGGAUUAGGAACUUUGAGAUCCAAGGUUCUGUGGUUAGGAGUGAGGAGUGGUACUUCCCUGGUUGGGCCUUUGAUAAGAUGUUUAAGGAGAUGAGAGUGGAGGAGAUUUUGGAUGGGCAAAUUAGGGAUGCUUAUGAUAGUAGGGCACACUUUGAGAUGGUUAAUAGGAUGGUGAAGACUGCAAUGUGGUGUCUGCAAGAUAGGCCUGAGUUGAGGCCCACUAUGGGGAAGGUGGCCAAGAUGUUGGAAGGGACUGUGGAGAUCACUGAGCCCAAAAAGCCCACUGUUUUCUUCCUUGGUGAAGAGUAGAUUCAUGAUAAAGUUUCUGUGUGAUGUUCAGCCUUUCUUGUUUAAGUUUCUCUCGUUAUAUCUCUUGUACCGGCAUGGUAGCAUGUAUGCUCAAUAGUUGGAACGAUGGCAAAUAAAUUGGGUGAUCAAGUGUAUAAAUAUUACCUUUGUUUUUCUUCUAAUGGUAUGUUUUAUUCGAGUAUA